GCAGCGUGGAAGUCACCUAGCUUCCGGCUGGCUACGCCGGCAUUGCGGUGCACAAACGGUCUUCAAGGCGAUUUACAGACCGAUUGUUUAUUGGCUACUACCAAGCACUCGUUCUCCGCAUUGGCUGUUUCUGCCCGGCGCCGAUUUUCGCGGAGGAUGUUCGCCGCCGCUAGUGAGAGUGACAGACACUGCACCUAAGUUUCCGGUUCCGGUUCACCGCUGGCGCCAUGGCGACCGCAAGAGGGUCGCGGUAUCUGCUGAAAAUAGGCAGAUGGCGCCGCAGCUUUGGAAUAGCUCCCCAGUUCCGAGCGCUUGCUACCCUCGUGCCCGGCGUAUCCCACGUGGAUAACAAGUCCGAUUUCCUGGGGAAGAGGCCCCAUCGCCGGCACCCUGGCAUCCUGCAGCUGUCAUGCGUGCGGCUGCCGCAAGCAUUGGCUGACGCCGCGCAGUUACUGCUGCUUGAGGGCGCGAUGCCCAAUAUGGAGAAGCAGGUGCAAGUACUAACCAAUUAUCUCUGGAGCCGGCAUUUACCUGUAGAGCCAGAGGAGCUACAAAGACGGGCAGUUCUUCUUGAGAAAAAAAUCCUGGAAAACGCAGACUCAUGUCAGAUGGAGAAACAUCAAGAAGAAGUCCUGCGUGCCUUGCGCAGAACUACCUAUCAUUGGCAAAAACUGAGCUACAAUGAGGGACUGAGCCUGGUGUAUAUGGCAGCAAGACUGGAUGGUGGCUUUGCAGCAGUCUCCAGAGCUUUCCAUGAGAUCCAAGCUCGACUUCCAGAGUUCCAGCCACAAACCCUGAUGGACUUUGGCUCGGGUACUGGCUCUGUCACCUGGGCUGCUCAUAGUACUUGGGGCCAGAGCCUACGUGAGUAUAUGUGUGUGGACAGCUCAGCUGCCAUGUUGGAAUUGGCAGAAAAGCUACUGAAAGGUGGUUCAGGAUCUGGGAUGCCUUGUGUUCCAGGUGUCUUUUUCAGACAGUUUCUACCUGUAUCACCCAAGGUACAAUUCGAUGUGGUGGUCGCAGCCUUUUCCCUGAGUGAACUGCCCAGCAAGGCCGACCGCACUGAUGUGGUCCAAACCUUGUGGCGCAAGACAGGUCGUUUUCUGGUAUUGGUAGAGAAUGGAACAAAAGCUGGGCACUCCCUUCUCAUGGACGCCAGGGACCUGGUCCUUAAUGGAAAAGAAAAGUCACCUUUGGACCCUCGACCUGGUUUUGUCUUUGCCCCAUGUCCCCAUGAACUUCCAUGUCCCCAGUUGACAGCCUCUAAGCCCCUGGCCUGUAGCUUUUCCCAGGCCUACCAUCCCAUCCCCUUCAGCUGGAACAAGAAGCCAAAGGAAGAAAAGUUCUCCUUGGUAAUCCUUGCCCGAGGAUCUCCAGAGGAGGCCACGCGCUGGCCCCGCAUCACUCAGCCUGUUCUUAGACGGCCCCGCCAUGUGCACUGUCACCUGUGCUGUCCAGAUGGACGGAUGCAGCAUGCCGUGAUCACAGCCCGCAGACAUGGCAGGGAUUUGUAUCGCUGUGCCCGGGUCAGUUCCUGGGGAGAUCUUUUACCUGUGAUCACACCAUCGGAACUUCCUCCAUCCCCUGCUCAAGAUGCCCCUGAGAGUUGACACAGAUGUGUGACAAGUGUUUUCUUCUCUCUUGACGAAGGCCGAGGUGGAAGCUACCUGGUCCAGGAUGGGAGUGCUAGUACUGUUAAUGGCAAAAAAGCUAGUUCAAAUAUCCUCCAUCAUAGUCAGCCUUAUUCUUCCAACUCACUCGGCCAUCCUCUCGCAGCUGCUUUUCUUUCCUAAUUGCACUUCUCAGAUGAUUGCCUUCUAGCUAGAAUUGUAUGGUGCACCUGGUGUUUACUUCUCCAAGAAAACGCUCCCUGACACUCCCUUCCCUUGUGAGCAUCAUUCAUUCCAGAAAGAAGGUCAUGCAUGGUGUGAUCAUCUCAAGGACCACCAGAAUCAGUCCCAGGAGCACCUAAACAACUUUGACAAUUUUGAAAAUUUCCGGAAGUGAAGAAUGCAAGCUUGAUCUACCCUGAUCCUUAUCUAUGGUCCUGGUUUCCACCCUCAAACUAUAAGACCCCCUUGCUGUUCUCUCUCUAGGGAGGGCACAGUCUAUAGGACAUUGACCUGCAGUGGCCUCCUUUACCUGGCACAAUAAAACAACUACUCUUUUAUACUUCACCUCAAAUUCUUUCUUUAUGUUUCCGUUCACUCUGAUGAACAGAGACGAGUUUCAGCAACAGUACCCCUGUAUACCUGGGUUCACUUGAAGGUUUAAUAAUAAAAGUUUUCAAAGAAUGGAAA